CAAUUGGUUCUAUAUAAGAACUACCCAGCCUUCGAUUCUAUCCGCCUAGCCAGCUUUUUGCAUCAUCAAGCCAUGGAUCUGAAAAGCGUGCAGGCCAGGUUGCCACCUGGUUUCAGGUUCCACCCAAAGGAUGAGGAAUUGGUGUGUUGCUACCUUUACAAGAAGAUUGCUAAUCAAGGUUUGUCUUGUGACAACUUGAUGGAGGUGAACUUGCAUGUGUGUGAGCCAUGGAUGCUACCAGUGGAAGCACAACUUGGUGUUAAUGAAUGGUACUUCUUCACCUUCCGGGAUCGAAAAUAUGCCACGGGAUCACGAACCAACCGAGCGACCAAGGAGGGAUACUGGAAGGCCACGGGGAAAGAUCGGACGGUGAUCGAUCCAGCGUCCAAUAUGAUCGUCGGGAUGAGGAAGACACUGGUUUUCUACCUUGGGAGAGCCCCACGGGGUGCUAAGACCAGGUGGGUCAUGCACGAGUUCAGGCUUGAGACCCCCUAUUCACCUCCAAAGGAGGAUUGGGUGCUGUGCAGAGUUUUCCGCCAAAACCGUGGCUAUUGCACGAGGAUUGACAUAGAGAAUGAGCAUGAUAACAUGGCUAUGGCCCCAUGCCACACCGAUCCAUUCCUCGAUGCCAAUAACGACGAUGGCUAUGAGUGGCCUACUUACGUCACUACAGAUUUCUCGCUCUACGGCUCGUGCAGCAAUGUGAUAAACUUAGGGGAGCAGCACAUAGAGACCCUUUUCUCCCACCCUUCAGUGAAAGAUGAUGAAAGACUCGUGUUGUUUGAAGACAUGAAGUUUGGAGAAAGCAGAGAUGAAGAACAGCCCAGCAUUAGUGGCACAACACUUUGAAUAUGUGAAUGGAAAUUGGUUAUAAGGCCACUGUCGUAUGUGAAGGUUUCAUUCACACAGAUGUCAGCUUCAUUGUUCAUAGUUUACAUCAUAGUCUACGUUUCGUUGUCUAUAUUUAUGUAAUUAAUACAGAACAGGUUUAGUACUAUAAGGCGUUUCAUUUAUUUGAUUGGAUUUUGUAGGAAAUCGAGGGGUACUGAUUUUUCUCCUUGGAUUAUUAUUCCUUUUUUUUUUCGGUUUGUAAAUCUCUGGUUUGAAUUGUCCAGUACUUAUUGUAAAAAAAAUAUAUUUUGCGUGUGUUUAUAAUUCUUCAUUU